GUGGAGGGUUUUUAUUGCUCUGAACAGUAUUCACAGGAAUACUUUGCAGUUUACUUUUUAUUUGUUGUAGUUAAGUAUUGUUUAUUCUAAUUGUCUUAUACAUUUCAUUUUCAAAUACUUUCAACGACAAUUUGGUACCGGAAUCGGUGCCACCUUAAAGCAGUCAGAGUUGUGGUGCAUCACCUGAUGAGUCGCCGCCAUUUUGUCUGGGAGUAAAAAAAUCUGAAAGAAAACCGGAAAACGGAGACACGGGACUGAGGUUACAACGUUUACCAAAACACAAUUUAUUUGCCUAUCUGCUUUGCAUUAAGCCUGGAAUGUUUUGGAAUAUAUUUUUAAAAUAAACAAAGUCACCGGCGAACUGAGAAGGGAUGUUUACUAUCUCUUGAACCGAUUUUUGGAAAGUAUAGCGCACAAAAAGGAAUUUGCUAAAGCUUUCUUGUGGUUUACUUUUUAAAGGCCCACUAUUUGCACUUGUGUUUUUUUUUUUUUUUUUGCAUUAAUUUUGCAUUUGUUUUUCUGACCUAUGUUUCCUUUUCCAAAGAUAGUGCCACUUCCGAAGGGAGUAGAUAAUUAGUUCUGCAAAGCAAAAGGCAUUUAGUAAGGUUGAUACAGUUGAACAUCUUGUUUCCUUAACGAUUAAGGAUUGCUUUUUUACAUUUAUUUUAUAGUGAAGCUAUAAUUUGCUUUUCGCUUUGUUUGAAAGGUUCACCGUAACCUGGCUGCGUUUCGGCUCUUCCUUGUUUUACUUGUCUUGACAUCCUUUCCAUUCCCGUCUGUCAAUAUUUCUGGCAUUGGACUAUUAUAGUAAAAAAUAAUGUCUGGGCAGUCUAUUACGGACCGGAUUGCUGCAGCCCAACACAGUGUAACCGGUUCUGCUAUCAGCAAAGCUGUAUGCAAGGCGACGACUCAUGAAGUUAUGGGACCCAAGAAGAAGCACUUAGACUAUUUAAUCCAGUGCACAAAUGAGAUGAAUGUCAACAUUCCACAUCUAGCAGACACACUUUUUGAGAGGACAGCUAACAGCAGUUGGGUAGUAGUGUUUAAAGCGCUGAUUACAACCCAUCACAUAAUGAUGUACGGAAAUGAGCCAUUCCUCCAGUACUUACUUCAACGAGAGACGCUCUACAAUCUAAACAGAUUUCCUGACAAGUCUGAUAUGCAAAGUUAUGACAUGUCCACUUUUAUUCGGCGGUACAGCAGGUACCUGAAUGAAAAAGCACUUUCUUAUAGACUUGUAGCAGUUGACUUCACCAAAAUGAAGAGAGGGGUUGAAGGUGUGAUGAGGACAAUGAACACAGAAAAAUUAUUGAAAACCCUUCCCAUCAUACAGAACCAGCUUGAUGCACUCCUUGAUUUUGAUGCAAAUCCGAAUGAAUUAACAAAUGGAGUGAUAAAUGCUGCUUUCAUGCUUCUGUUCAAGGAUUCCAUAAGACUUUUUGCAGCUUAUAACGAAGGCAUAAUUAACUUGCUCGAGAAAUUCUUUGAUAUGAAGAAGAACCAAUGCAAGGAUGCUUUGGAUAUAUACAAGAAGUUCUUGGCUAGAAUGACCAAACUCUCAGAAUUUCUCAAGGUUGCUGAGCAAGUUGGAAUUGAUCAGGGUGACAUUCCAGAUCUUACUCAGGCUCCCAGUAGUUUACUCGAGGCACUGGAACAACAUUUAGCUUCUCUCGAGGGAAAGAAGACUAAAGAGUUUUCAGCUGCAAGCAGGGCAAGUGCUGUCUCCAGUGCAGUGUCGACCUUCUCCAGUACCGGAAUGUCCUUCACUAAGAUGGAUGAAAAGGAGAAACAGCAAGCAUUGGAGGAGGAGCAGGCAAGAUUGCAGUCCUUGAAGGAGCAGCGUUUGAAAGAGAUUUCUGUGCACUCUAACAAUGUGUCUACAUCAGCAUCGCCUAGCAGUAUUUCAGGAAAAAGUGUGACUAACACAACAGCAGCUGACCUGUUCAGUGCACCUGCUCCUACAACAAGCAGCAUGCCUAACCUUUCCAGUGACCUCUUUGAUCUACAGCCUGCUUUUGUUCCUACAGUGCAAAGUACUCCAGUUAUAGCAACUUCAGCAGUCCAUAGCUGGGGAGACUCUUUCACAAUUCCCAGAGUCACUACGCCUGUCUAUUCUGUAGCUGAGAUGUUUGAUGUCUUCUUUUUAGGCUACCCACUGCAGAUGACUCCUCAGGCAAACUCUUCAACAAUGAACGUUGAUUUUGAUGCUGUUUUUGGUGCAAAAUCCACAGUUAAUGACACCAGUACUCCAGAUAAUAUGUUGAGGCCAACAGCAGCAUCCCAGGUCCAGGCAGCUGCACCAGUCAGUCACACAACUGGUAGAUUCAUGGCAAAUGACCUUGAUUCUUCCUUGGCUAACCUUGUUGGCAAUCUGGGUUUUGGAGGAACACCAUCUAAGAAGUCCGACAUGCAGUGGAGUCAACCUUUAGAAAAGAAGCUUACUGGUGGGACAAACUGGCAGUCUAAAACUAGCACCUCAACAACAUGGAAUCCAGCUCCAGUGUCAUCUGUUCAACAGAUGAUGCCAUCGCCAAUGGUAUACCCAGUGACUACACCUCAAGUGCCUAUGUAUGGAAUGGUACCUCCACAGAUGGGCCCUGUUCCAGUGUUGGCACCACAGCCUGUGACAUACUCACAACCGGUGUUGAGACCUACAAAUCCAUUUGCACCAAUGUCUGGUGCUCAGAUGCAGUUUAUGUAAAACGGCCAAAGCAAUGUCAGCAGGAACAGUGACCACCAAAUACUGAGAAUGUACUGAGACAAAUUCUUGGGAAUACUUCAGUCUGUAACAGGGCUGUGUGUCAUCUUCUACACUCUCCAAGACUGACAGUUAACAGAACUGCAGUGGUAUAGACAACCAAGUCUGUGGCAGCCUCUUGCUAUACAGGAUGAUUAUUCUGUGUUGUAAUAAAAUUUUGCAUAUCAUCUUCAUGCGUUAUACAUGCACCUUAUAAUAAGGCUGUAAAAGACUUUUUUCUUUUUUUUCUUUUUUAACUUUGAAAGGGUUUUGAUUAAGGUGAUCGAGCAAUGAAGGCUAGAUUUUCUGUUCUUCAGCUGCAGUAUUGCAGUUACCUCAGCAGUCUAGGCUUUCCUGCAAACCCGACUUCACAGCUGUAUUUCAAGUCUUUCUGGAACAGGAUUCCUUUGUUAAUCUUCUCUACUUAAUACGUCAUACUCUGAAGUAUGUGAAGCUUUAGUAAAAUGUGCUGCUUUAUGGCAGAAUCGUGCUCAGAAUUUGUGGAGAGGAUGUACAGAUUCUUAGAGGUAUUUUGUAUGUUUUUUUUUUUUUUCUUAUUUUUUUAAAUAAGAAGAAAACUUACCACCAUGACUUCUUUUCUUGGCAACAUGAAUGUCUAGGUGUACAGUAUGGAAUAGCCUCUUCUCUUUCUUUGACAUGGCAUUGAGUCUGUAGAUGGGCUAGUAUGGAUUAUGGCAAUGUUGUGCUGUCUGAUUCUGUAAUAUAAGAAACUUCUACUUUUGACUAACUUCGUAAGAAUUUUGGUUUAUGGAUGUUCCAACUCAAGAAAGUAAGUUAAGAAUGUUAAUUGUCUUCGAGACUCAGAGCCAUGUUUGAAAUUUAUCUUUGUUGGCAGUUACCUGUAGUCAGCUGUCAUAGUACAUCUUGUUACUUUUCUAGGUAUGUUAUGCUUCAUUUAACUGCCUCAAAUGUUGUUUUUCUGAAUACAUUUUUAACAGUGGCUUGCAUGUACUCAUGUAGAAGCACUGGUCAUAAAUACAGUAUCUUGCAUGAGAUAUACAUGAAAUAUGCAUUACUUGUAGCAAGGAAUGCUUUCAUCUCAAGAAGCAGCUAUAGCUGAAAGUUGAAGCAUAGUUGGAAAACUUUGCACACCACCUGCGGAAGCAAACCCCACCCCUUUUUAGGCUUUAGACUAUUCCUAUUUUUUCUAAUCUGACUGCUUCGUGCUGUGUUUCGCUUUUUCUUUCAGAUUCCAAACCAAGUAGUUCUAUGCUCUACGUGCCGAUCUGGUAUGCUUCUGAACAAUGAUUAAUGUUUUAGGCUUACUGGAUAAAAAAAAAGUAAUUUAACUGAAACACCUAGUCAGGGAGUUUGUUUUUAAUGCUAGGUGGUCUGUAUCUUUUGUUUUUCCCUUGACUUAAAAUGUUUUUUUUGUAUAUUGGGAAUCUACAGACUGCAAAAUGGCAUACAAUCUGCAGCAUUCAAAAGUUUUGGGAGGGAGUGUGCUCCAUAUAGCAAAGAGUUGUGUAAACAUUCAGUUUGGUCCAAGGACAUUGUGCUGCUGGCUCUCACUUAAUUAGUAAAUAGUCUUUAAAUAAUUGUGAUUUUGGUGUGCAGAUUGAACAAAGUUGAAUGUGGUCUUGCAAUAAUACAAGAUUUAUAUUCCCAAUCCUUAAAAGUGAUAUUUUUAGUAUUGGAAUUGGGUCAAAGCAGAAAUACUCGUGCAGUUUUGUUUAAGGUGCCAUUGUACAGUUUGAGUUGCCUGAAUAUAAGCAUCAGUGGUUAUAUGUUUUGGAGGCUUUUUUUUUUUUUUGUCUUUGGCAUAACCCUGCCUUAAAAAGUACUUUUUAUUACUUAUGAUUGUAUUAUGAUGUACAUUAAUACAGUUGACAGAUCAUCUUUUUUAAAAUGUAAGGUCUGAAGUCUGUAUUGGCUGUAAAAAGUACAGACAUCACACUUUUACAUUGCUGUGUCCCUUUUGCUCUAAAUGUUUUUGCAAAAAUGCACAUUUAGCAGUACAUUUUCACACAUUAAGUGUUAAGAGCAUAUUUAUUAUCUAUCAUGCUAAUUCUUUCAAGGAUACAUAUAAAAAAAAUAAGCCAGUAUUUUUUAGCUACUACUGUUUUUAGUAAAAGUGUAUCAAACCUUUUGGAGCAAAGGGAUACUGCACAUAUUUAUGCCAAAAUAAUUGCUCAUUAAAAGAUUGUUUUCUUCCGUUUUUCAUAUUUAUUAGUAGUGUUAGAUUAAACCAUUUAAGAGAGCAUUUAUUAUAUUAUAAAUUUUUAUAUUUCUUUUGAUUUUAAAAUAUAAAAAAACUUACAGAAAACGUGAAAUGUUAUGUAGUCUUGCUACAGUCUAAGCUGUUGCUUUUACACGUGCUGCUUGGUACAUGCUUCCAUGUCUUUAAAGGGGAAAAAUAAAGGGUUGGGUUUUAUAUGA